AUGAUGGGUUCCAAAGCUGCAAUUUUUGCCACGGCUGUACUGGCCGUCCUCUUCUCCGCCCCGGCAUUGGCUCAGAAGAGCAGCCCGCCCGCGCCGGCGCCCGUGUCACUGUCGCCGACCCCGGCGCCGGCGCCGGCGCCGCACUACGUGGACCUCGCGGAGCUCCUGAGCGUGGCCGGGCCGUUCCACACGUUCCUCAACUACCUGGAGAAGGCGAACGUGAUCGAGACCUUCCAGGCGCAGGCCAACAACACCAAAGUGGGCAUCACCAUCUUCGUGCCUAAGGACUCGGCGUUCGCGGCGCUCAAGAAGUCCACCUUCUCCAACCUCACCUCCGACCAGCUCAAGACACUGCUCCUGUACCACGCGUUCCCCAAGUUCUACUCCCUGGCCGAGUUCAAGAACCUGAGCUCGCUCAACCCGGUGAGCACCUUCGCGGGGCCGCCCUACAACCUCAACCUCACCGACGACAUGGGCAGCAUCUACGUGCAGUCCAUGUGGUCCAGGCCCAAGAUCGCCAGCAGCGUGUACGCCACCAAGCCCGUCGCCAUCUACGCGCUCAACAAGGUGCUCCUGCCCGUGCAGCUCUUCAGCAAGGACCCACCGCUCGCGCCGGCGCCCGCGCCCGCGCCGGAGUCCGGGGCGUCCGAUGCCCCCAGCCCGGCGGCCGGCAAAUCAGGCGGGCUGGCCGGAGGCAAGGGUGACUCCACGAGUGCCGCGCACAGCACUGGUGGUGCCGUCAGCGUCGCCAGUUCCUUGCUACUCGCUGCCGCAGGGUGCUUGAUGAUUCUCCAGUGGUGA